CGCCGUGCGUUCCCCAUCCGGAGUCAGUUCACGUUUCCGCUUGUCCAAGAUGGCAGAUCACGAGGAUGCAGUGAGGGAAUUUGUUGCGGUAACGAAUGUGGACGAAGAACGCGCUCGAUUUUUCUUGGAAUCCGCCGGAUGGGACCUACAGCUUGCCAUUGCGAGCUUUUUUGAAGAUGGAGCUGAUGACGAUAUUGUCACACUUCCCCAACCAGAGCCCAUUGCUGUGCCAAGGCCGACUGUUCCUAGUGAACACAGAGUAACUUCUUUCAGAGAUCUGAUGCCUGAGGCAGAGGAAGAAAGUGACGAAGAAGAGGGUCAAAGAUUUUAUGCUGGUGGCUCAGAAAGAAGUGGUCAGCAAAUUGUUGGUCCUCCAAAGAAAAAAAGUUCAAAUGAAUUAGUAGACGAUUUAUUUAAAGGGGCCAGAGAACAUGGAGCUGUUCCUGUGGAGAAGGCUUCGAAAGGUCUUGGAGAAUCUAGUAGAGCACGGCCUUUUGCUGGUGGUGGUUAUCGUCUUGGUGCAGCACCAGAGGAGCAGUCUGCCUACGUAGCUGGAGAGAGGAGGUCUUCAAAUUCAUCACAAGAUGUUCAUGUGGUAUUAAAACUGUGGAAAUCUGGAUUCAGUUUAGAUGAAGGAGAGCUCAGGAGUUACUCUGACCCAGAAAAUGCUCAGUUCCUAGAAUCCAUCAGGAGGGGAGAGAUUCCUGCAGAAUUGAGGAGAUUAUCACGCGGUGGCCAAGUUAAUCUGGACAUGGAGGAUCACAGAGAUGAAGAGUUUUCCAAACCCAAAAUUGCUUUUAAGGCUUUUGCAGGGGAGGGCCAAAAACUAGGAAGUGCCACUCCACAGGUAAUAGGUUCAGUUUCUGGGGCGCAGCAGGCUGAUAAUGAAGCUAGAGCCAGCUCAUCAAUAAUACUCAGCGAUUCAGAGCCCACCACCAACAUCCAAAUCAGACUAGCAGACGGAGGGCGUCUCGUCCAGAAGUUCAACCACUCCCACAGAAUUCAGGAUAUACGCCAGUUCAUUGUCGGAGCUCGUCCUGCUAUGGCAGCUGUUGAAUUUGUGAUGAUGACCACCUUUCCUAACAAAGAGUUAACCGAUGAGAAUCUGACCUUGAAAGAAGCCAAUCUUCUCAACGCCGUCAUUGUACAACGAUUUAAAUAGUGCCCUGCUGCCCAUGUAAAUAUUGCCAGGUUGUUUCCUGUUGGACUUCAAGCUUUUGAACAUUUUGCAAGUUUGGGUGGAACUCUGGAAGAGGAGAAUAAUAAUAAAUAUUUUUAAAGAAACUUACAUUUUGGGUUCUUCGAGUAGCCGUAGAGAAUCUUAGUUCUUUGGAGUACUUGCUUCCUAUGCCAAGUUCAGACCUGCGGACAACUACUUCAGCGUGUAAUUGAUUUGUAUUGAGUAAACUGUUUAAACCAAAUGCCUAAUCUGUUUAGUAAUAAUAAUUUUAAGUGUACAAACUUAACCAAGCAACAGAAUUAAGGAAAAUAAUUACUGAAAAUAUUAAUUUGAAGAAAUAAGCUAGUGUAAGUAAGCUCACACACACACACACACACACACACACACGUUCAUCUGCUGAAAGUCUAUUUUUUCAAAUUGCAUUGGUUUGUGUACAUUUUUCCCCUAUGCCUCACAAUUAAACUACGUGGUAAAAUGUAAAGUCACCAUCUUUCUUAGACCAAAAUGAUUGCCUAAUUUUGACAUUCAUGCAGUUCUGAUAUCUUGAGAAAUUAAAAAAAAGAAAGACUGAUUUGCUUUAAGAUUUUUUAUACAUUAUGCAGUCAUUGGAAUAUACCUGUGCAAAAAUGUAUUGACAUGCCUGAAUACUGGUGACCUGUUUGAACUCAACUGACUUAAUUAGAAGUGAAGUCUUAACAGUUGUGUGUAAUAUAAAAAUGAUGAUUUAGCUCAUAAAUUGGCAAAUUAAAUAAAGUUUUUUUUUUUUUUGCCCCAGAAAUUGUGGGCUAUUGCUAGAUACAAAUUGUGAAAUUGUAUAGAGACUAUUAGGCCAGUUAUAGUGUAACGAUUUUCAUCUACAUCAUCUGUCGUCACUUAUUCAGGGUGCUGCGCUCGUAAUGACCAACAGCAGGAUUUUCUCACCCCAUGUUUUGUUCAAUUUUGUUGCAUUUCUCUUCCUUUAAUGUUUGUCUGUCCUUUCCUAUUUUCUAGGAGUUAAUUAUGACUUGGAUGGUGUUGCAGGGAAAUAAACAAAUUGAGAACGUU